AUGGGCUGGCUGUCCAACGCCCGGCGCCACGAGCAGCUCCUCUCGCCCGCGGCGGCGCCCGCAGCCAAGACCGCGAGCCGCGUCUCCGCCGCGGGUCUUCGCGCGUACGACGGCGACGACGAUCACCUCGAGCGGCGCGCCGCCCGCCCCAUCGAGCGCGCCGCGCGCGACGCGAAACCGCGGCGGGUGCUCGCGGACAGUCCGUUCGACGUGCCCGGUCCGAUGCUCAGCCCCGAGGCAAAGCCGCGGACGAAGGCGCGGAUGACGACGACGAAGACGUCGCGGUCGCUCGAGGAUGAGAACGCGUCGCUGCGGGAUGAGCUGGCCAGGGCGCGGGAGGAUCUCAUGGCGGAGCGAGCGAGGGCGGACGCGCUCGCGUCGCGGCUCGAGGCGGUCGAGAUGAUGGCGCACACCACCGCUGUCGUUCCCCCCGCUCGUGGCGGGGCGGCGCGCGGCACCUCGUCGGCGCCGGUCGAGGAGCGCGCCGAGCGCCGACGGAAUCCGUUCGGCACGCCUCCGACGAAGGGCGCGGGCGCGAUGGGCGACGACGCGGAGGAGGAUCUUGCCGCGGCGCGGAGGCUCUUCGCGAACGGCGCGGGGGUACAAGCACCGGGAACAGACGUCGCACGCACGCCGGACAGGAGCAGGCACUCGUUCGACCCGUUCGUGCGACCGGCGGGAUUGGAUAGGGUGGUCAGGGUGCCGUCGCCCACGGGGGGCAGGAUGAUCCAGAUACGGGCGCGAUGA